CUCGCCGGCCGUGCCGUCGCCGGGCCUCCCCCUCCCACGACGCCUCUCUCGGGUGUCGGCCCGUCGCCGGAGCGGUGUGCCCCAGGGCAACAUCGUCGCCCAGCCCAGGACCCAUCUCUCUCUCCCGCCGAUUCCUCGGCCGCCGCCGCCACAGGUGAUCACAGGUUGAAAUGGACCCUUCAGUUGCCGAUCCUGGACCAACCAAGGAUGAAGGUGUUGGAUCUAAGGGGGCAAUGGAUCUUCCAGUUGCCGAUCCUGGACCGGUGAGGGAUGAAGGUGAGCUUCUCCAGUGCCCGUAUUGUGAUUCCGAAGCAAUGCACAAACUAGCACAAUUCUUGCUCCCUGGUUUGGCUGCGGUCUGUGUCGACGGUACGACGGGUGAUCUGUUCAGGAGCCCAUCUGUUGUUGCCGUUGACCUCAGGAAAGAAAUGGUGGACUACAUUACGCAAAGAAGUGAAACGUUCAUAGCUGAUGCUCUCAUUGAAUCGGAGGUGGAACAAAACACUGAGAAUGAGAUGCCAGAUGACCCUUAUGAGAUCAUAUCAAUCUUCAUGGAUGAUUUCAGUCGCACGAAAAGAAACAUCAUCGGCCAUGUCUCUGGGUGGUUGUUGAGCGAUAGCCGUGAAGAUAAGAUCGAUGACUUUGUCCAAGAAAUGGAUAUGACCCGCUUCUGGCCACUAGAAAGGAGAGAAGCAAUCGCCGAGGUCCUCCUCAAGAAUGUGGACAUUAAAACCAAGUUCCACUGCCCUGAGAAAUAUGAAGAUGAAGAACGUCUUGCUCAUCACAAGGCACAGUGUAGCUUCAGGCCUGUCACUUGCCCGAACGAUGGAUGCCGAGCGAAAGUUUCUGUACGGUGCAUGCAGGAUCAUGAUGCAGCUUGUCUCUUCAAGAUCCUUCAGUGCGAGCAGAACUGCGAGAAACGGCUUCUGAGGCGUGAUAUGGAUAGACAUUGUGUUACUGUCUGCCCCAUGAGGCCCAUGAAGUGCCCUUUCGGCUGUGAUUCUUCGUUCGCUGAACAUAACCUUGAGGAGCACUGUUCAGAGAGUCUUCAGCAGCACCUGCUUAAGGUCCUUCAGGUGGUUCACAAGAAAGGUUUUACGGCUGAUCAGCUGAACGACCGCGCUUUAGAGCUGGAGAAGUCUGAAGAUCGUGGUAAACUGGCUAAAGCUUGGGAUGCAAGAUCUCUUACUAAUAUUGUGAAGGAUCUUGAAGCAAAGAAGAAACCAUCAAGUUGAUUAGCUUGAAGGAUCUUGUAAUAUACGCCAGGAAUGUGAGCUGGAUAUUGGCAUGGAUUAGUUGCAGAGUUGUUUCUACUUUAAGUAUAUAGUGAAGUAACCUAAAAUUUGAGUUUCUCUAUCACAGCCUUUAUUUUCUUCUGAUUUUGCACACAAUGAGUUAGGUUUUUCCAGCAUAUUUUUGUUCGAAGGGAAAUUGAUCCAGUUUUUUAAGAUGCAUUUUUUUCCUGUUA